UUGAAGAGAUGAAUGCAGGGCUCAUCUAUCCCUGGAAUUGUCUUUCCCACAAUCCCUGACCCAGAAUAUGAGCACUACUGGAAUUCUGAAGAAAUGGGUCUCUUGCUACCUCCCAGUAAAAGAUUAUUUUUGAAAAAGAAAAGGCUCUGCUUUGACCUGCAGUAUUUUAUCUAUCCUGAGUCUCAGGACACUGUCAAUAGAAUUAAUGCCAAGCACAUCUGCAAAAAAGACAUUGCUGGAGGAGGUGCAAGAGCUGGAAACCAAGUUUCCUGUCCUGGGAAAAGCAGUGGUGUGGAAGAGCAGUGGAAAGAGCAUUUUGAAAAUGCCAUCCCACUGUUUUCUGGCCUCUGUGGUUUCUCCUGAGAAACCCACUGUUAGUCUAAUGAAGUCUCCUUCAUAGCACCAAUGACCUGAAGAGCCUUGUUGAAGGAAGACUCCAUCUGAUGACUCAGAGCAAGUAUUUUUUAGUGUGUUAUUGUUAUUAGCAGAAAGAAGGCCAUAAAACACAUGUGGUGAGCUGAAUAUAUUCUAGGCAAAAGAAGAAAAUAUUCAAAUUCUUAUGUUAUUUUAUCUAAUUAUUUUAUCCCUUUUGGUGUGUGACUUAUAAUGUGUGUAUUGUAUUAAUAAAAUUAUAUAAACAUGUAGUUUACAAA